CGGGACGGGAACGGGACGGGAACGGGACGGGAACAGGUGCGGAAACGCCAACGCGGCCCAUCGGGGCUCGGCGGUUCCGCCACCGUCAGCGCCGACGCCGCGUCCCGCCGCCCGGCCGCGCGCCGUCACCCCGGUGCGGCAUCACUCAAUCACCGCCAUCCCUCGCGCUGCUGAGGCCUCGGCGGCAGCAGCACCAGGAACAGCACCGGGAACAGCACCGGGAGCAGCAUCGGGAACAGCUGCCGCCGCGUUUCCCGAGGGCCAGGACGGUGCCGGUGCCAUGAAGGAGGACCGCCCGCAUUCCGUCGACCUGGGUUACGCCAUCACCAAACCCGACAUCCUGGCCGAGGUGGAGCGAAGGGACGAGGGGGUGGCGGCGGCGGCAGCGGGGCGUUACGGGGAGCACCAGAGCCCCCGGACACAUGCGACACCCGCCGGCCCCUCCCAGGGGGACUGGCAGGGGAAGGAGGUGAAGAGCGAGGACGGGGUGUCCCCACCGCCCUGCUCCCCCCCGUCCCGCCACGCCGGCACCACCGACUCCCUCGUCCCCCUGCGGGAACGAGACUGCAGCUACUGCGGUGUCCUCGAGCCGGAGCGGAAUCCCGGUGUCGGUAACGGGGGAUUCAUCGCCGCACCCCCCUCCUUCGAGAGCCGCCGCUGCCGGCCCGGGGAGCGGCCGCUGGAUUGUGCCGAGUGCGGCCGAGGAGGCGUCGGGCAGAAGCCGGACCUGGUGCGGCACCGGCUGGGGCGCGGCACGGAGCUCGGCUACGGCUGCGGCCGCUGCUGCGGGAGAGGCCUCGCCGAGCCGGUGGGGCUGGGGGCCGCGGGCAGCCCCCACCGCCUGGGCCCCUGCCCCGGGCGCUCCCCGGGCACGGCUGAGGGAGCGACGGCAGCGCCGCGGAAGGAACGGAAGGAGCUGUCGCUGACCGAGAAGGUGCGCGUGCUGGAGAUGCUGGAGGGCCCCAAGGUGUCGCAGAGCGAGCUGGCCAAGCGCUUCGGGGUGUCACAGCCCCAGAUCUGCCGCAUCAUCAAGAACAAGGAGCGCAUCCUGAGCGAGUGGUACCGAAACGGCGACCCCGAGCGCAAGCGCAAGCGGGAGGGGAAGGACGCGGCGCUGGAGGCCGCGCUGCUGCGCUGGGUGGAGGGUGUCCGCACCGCCGACCUGCCCGUGGGGCGCCCGCUGCUGCAGCUCAGGGCCAGGCACCUGGCCCGACCCGAUCCCGAGCCCAGCGGCGGCUGGCUGGCUCGCCUGGGCACCCGCCACGGCCUCGCCGGCAAGAAACCCCCGGCGGAGAAAGGGGAUGCGGAGCAGCCCACGGCGGAGCACUGGGCCGGUGCGGUGCUGCCCGGGCUGCUCCGCAGCUACGCGCCCGCCGAGAUCUUCGCUUGCGGGGAGACCGCGGUGCUGCUCCCGGCCGGCAAGGGCGAGGGCCCCGGCGAGCGGCUGAUGCUGCUGCUGUGCGCCAACGCCAGCGGCUCGGAGAAGGUGCCGCUGCGGGCGGUGGGGGACAACCCCCGGCCACGCUGCCUGCGAGGAGUCAACCUGGAGCAGAUGCCGUGGAGCUACCGCGCCGGCAGCCUGGCCGGCCUGACCGCCCCGCUGUUCGCCGAGUGGCUGCGGGAGUUCAACGAGGGGAAGCGGCGCCAGGGCAAGAGCGUCCUCCUCCUCCUGGCCAAGCACGAGGCGCACCCCUACCUCCAGCUGUCCAACGUCAGGAUGGUCUUUGUCCCGCCGGCCGCCGCCCUGGCCCAGCCCCUGGACCGCGGCAUCGCCAGCGACCUCAAGGGCCACUACCGGCGCCGGCUGCUGCGGUGGCUGCCGGCGGAGCGCGGCGCGGGCCAGCCCAGCCUGCUGGAUGUGCUGCACAUGCUGGCGCAAGCCUGGGGCGAUGUUCACCCGGGGCUCAUCGCCGGCUGCUUCCGCGCCGCCGGCUUCACCCCCGACGCCGGCGCUGAGGCCGUGUCCCUGACCUCGGCACCCGGCCUGCUCAGCCGGGAGCAGCUGCAGCGCGACGGGGACCCGGCGGAGGCGGACGGGGACGAGGGCACGGCCGAGGGCGAGGACGCGGGCGAGCUGGCGGCCGUGCCGCCCUGCCCCUCGGAGCGGGAGGUCUGGAGGAGCCUGGCCACGCUGCGGAGGUACCUGGAGUGCCAGGCCACCUCGCCGGACCUCUUCCAGGCCUUCUACGAGCUGGAGGAUGCGGUGCACAUGGUGUCAGCCGGCGCUGGGCGAGCCUUCUUUGGGGACACCCCUCCCAAACAGUGACCCGCUUGUGCCCGUCAGAGGGACUGGUGUUCACUGGGGCCGUCACCGGCCCGGCCUGGCCACUGUUCCCUGCAGUUGUGCCGUGGGGUUUGCCGUGGAUCUGUAUCCCCCUUGGGAUCACUGUGUGUGCGUGCUGUGGAGCCCCCACACUCCGGGUGUCACCCGUGGGGCAGUGUCAGUGCUGGGGACACAAACCUGCUGCCAGAACCUUCUCCCAGAGGGUGGCUGCUGUAGCCAGCAGGAAACGAUGUGGAGCUGCUGCCAGUGGGGAUUUGCCCUGAGUGGGGUAGUUGUGACUGCCGUGGGAGGAUGUGGGUGGUGCUGGAGUGUCCCUGUGCUGGGGACAGCAGCUCCUUCCCGUGGGGGAAUCGUGUGCCACCGGCUGCUGUCACCAUGUGGUGCCUGGAGGAU